CUGGUAUUAUAAAUAAUGGGAAAAGACAUUUUAACAAGUGAUACUGAGACCAACAUGUACCAGUGGGCUGCAGAUGACUUUACUCUGCCUGCGGGGAUGUUUUUCCAGAGCUUCUCAGCACCAGUUAAUGGUAAAACGUUUUCCAUGUACCACGGCACCAGCAGAGCAAACGCUGCAGCCAUCCUGGCCUCAGGUUUUCGCCGUUCUCUAGACGGGAUGCUCGGCCCAGGCGUCUACCUCACCAGAGAUCUGAAGAAAGCUAGGUUCUAUCCCGUUGGUCACCCUGAGCAUGACAAAGUCAUCAUUACGGUCUUGGUCAACGUGGGAAGAGUGAUCACCAUCGAUUGUAAGGGCCACCCACGUCAGAAGAACUGGCGCGACCCCAGAUGCGGCAAGGUGUACGACACCGCCUGGAUACCUCCUUGGAGUGGAAUGAUGAAGAGCAAUUUCGAGACGCAUUGUGUCUGGGAUCCCAAUCGAAUCAAAAUCCUUAAUAUCAUCGAACCACUUCCAGUUCAACCUGGAUAUGGAUAUGGAUAUGGAUAUGGACAUGGACAUGGAUAUGGACAUGGACAUGGACAUGGAUAUGGAUAUGGACAUGGAUAUGGUUAUGGGUAUGGAUAUGGUGCACAAGGCUACAUAAUCCUUAUCUUGUUAGAGGGUAUUAUGUUUACCAUGUUCACCAGCUUAGUUUGGUGUGGUAUAGCAAAACACACCAAAGUGCUAAUUAGCACUAAACACAAGGUACAGCUAAGGCAGAUGGGAAUGUCAGUUUUUGAUACUGAGACCAACAUGUACCAGUGGGCUGCAGAUGACUUUACUCUGCCUGCGGGGAUGUUUUUCCAGAGCUUCUCAGCACCAGUUUAUGGUAAAACUUUUGAAAUGUACCACGGCACCAGCAGAGCAAAUGCUGCAGCCAUCCUGGCCUCAGGUUUUCACCGUUCUCUAGACGGGAUGCUCGGCCCAGGCGUCUACCUCAGCAGAGAUCUGAAGAAAGCUAUGUUCUAUCCCGUUGGUCACCCUGAGCAUGACAAAGUCGUCAUUAAGGUCUCGGUCAACGUGGGGAAAGUCAUCACUAUCGAACGUAAGGGCCACCCACGUCAGAAGAACUGGCGCGACCCCAAAUACGGCGAGGUGUACGACACCGCCUGGAUACCUCCUUGGAGUGGAAUGGUGAAGAGCAAUUUCGAGACGCAUUGUGUCUGGGAUCCCAAUCGAAUCAAAAUCCUUAGUAUCGUGUGCCUGACGCUCUUUAUACAGGCCACCUCUCAGCGAACAUUCAUUUCCAAUCUGCCUGCACUCGGGGACCAACAACAGACUGGAGACAGUGAUACUGAGACCAACAUGUACCAGUGGCCUGAAGAUGACUCUACUCCACCUGCAGGGAUGUUUUUCCUGGGCCUCUCAGCGCCAGUUGAUGAUAAAACGUUUGUCAUGUACCACGGCACCAGCAGAGAAAAGGCUGCAGACAUCCUGGUCUCAGGUUUUCGGCGGUCUAAAAGAGGGAUACUCGGCCGAGGCGUCUACCUCAGCAGAGAUCUGAAGAAAGCUAGCUACUAUCCCAUUGGUCACCCUGAGCAUGACAAAGUCAUCAUUAAGGUCUCAGUCAACGUGGGCAAAGUGAUCGUCAUCAAUCAUAAGGGCCACCCACGCCAGAAGAAUUGGCACGACUCCAGAUACGGCGAGGUGUACGACACUGCCUGGAUACCUGCUGGGUGUGGAGUGGUGAGGGAGAUGGAUUGUGUCUGGGAUCCCGAUCGAAUCGAAAUCCUUUGUACCAUCGAACCACGUCCAGUCCAACGGAAUGGCCCAGGCCCAGGAUAUAGAUAUGGUGCACGGGGCUACAAUGAUACUGAGACCAACAUGUACCAGUGGCCUGAAGAUGACUCUACUCCACCUGUGGGGAUGUUUUUCCUGGGCUUCUCAGCGCCAGUUGAUGGUAGAAAGUAUGUCAUGUACCACGGCACCACCAGAGAAAAUGCUGCAGCCAUCCAGGCCUCAGGUUUUCACCGUUCUCCAGAUGGGAUGCUCGGCCCAGGCGUCUAUCUCAGCAGGAAUCUGAGGAAAGCUAGCUACUAUCCCGUUGAUCACCCUGAGCAUGACAAAGUCGUCAUUAAGGUCUUGGUCAAUGUGGGGAGAGUGAUCACCAUCAAUUAUGAGGGCCACCCACGUCAGAAGAACUGGCAUGACCCCAGAUGUAACCCGGUGUACAACACCGCCUGGAUUCCUCCCAGGAGUGGGUUGUUGAGGGGUGAUUUGGAGGUGUAUUGCGUCUGGGAUCCCAGUCGAAUCACAGUCAUUGAUACCAUCAAACCACGUCCAGUCCAACCCAAUGGCCCAGGGCCCCGUGGAUAUGGAUAUGGUGCAAGGGGCUACAAAUGAGCUCUACGAGCUGUUACCAAACCGAUUUAUUUUGUAUGUUCAAAUAUAUUUUCAUAUAUUUGUAUAAAAAGGAAAUGACAUUGCAUUUUGUUACUCUGUCAUUGUAACCUGGAAAAUAAAUUGGUCAAAUCUU